AAGGAAGUGACGUCGGGGUGGGCGUGGACAGCAAGAAGCCACGCCCCCCUUCUUCGCAUCAGCCGGUUGUGGGGAGCCGGGACCCACAUCUAUAGGGGACCCGGGAGCCGGGACCCACAUCUAUAGGGGGCCCAGGCGUCCGGGACCCACAGCGACCCCCACCCCGUGGCGAUGCAGGCCAGCCCCGGCCCCACAGGCUGCCCCACGGAGGCCCCGGCCGGAGCCGCUGAGGAGACGCCCCCCGAGGAGCCGGCGGCAGCGCCCCCGGCCGCCCCCCGCCCCUACAUCUGCAGCGACUGCGGCAAAUCCUUCGGCCAAUGGUCCAAGCUGGAGCGGCACCGGCGCGUCCACACGGGCGAACGCCCCAACGCCUGCGGCCACUGCGGCAAAGCCUUCGCCCAACGCUCCCACCUGGCCCAGCACCUCCGCACCCACACCGGCGAGCGCCCCUACGCCUGCCCCGACUGCGGCAAAACCUUCGGCUGGAGCUCCAACCUGGCCCAGCACCGCCGCGUCCACACCGGCGAACGCCCCUACGCCUGCCCCGACUGCGGCAAGACCUUCAGCCAAAGCACCAACCUCCUCAAACACCGGCGGGCCCACGCCGGCGAGCGGCCUUACGCCUGCGGCCAGUGCCGCAAAGCUUUCUACCGCAGCUCCGACCUCCUCCAACACCAAGCUAGCCACACCGGCGAGCGGCCCCACCGCUGCGGCCAGUGCGGCAAGAGUUUCGCCCAACGGGCCAACCUCCUCAAGCACGGCAAGACCCACGGCGGCGAGAAACCCUUCCGCUGCGGCGAGUGCGGCAAGGGCUUCGUCCAGAGCUCCGAGCUCAUCCAGCACCAGCGCAGCCACAGCGGCGAGAAACCCUUCGCCUGCGGCGAGUGCGGCAAACGUUUCGGCCACGGGGCCACCUUGGCCAAACACCGGCGCUUGCACCUGGGCUUGCAGCCCCACCGUUGCGGCGAGUGCGGGAGGGCUUUCGGGCUCCGCUCGGCGCUGGCCCGCCACCAACGGGCCCACGGGGAGGAGCGGCCCUUCGCCUGCGGCGAGUGCGGCCAAGCCUUCGCCCUCCGCUCCAACCUGGCCCUCCACCGCCGCACCCACGCCGGCGAGCGGCCCUACCGCUGCGGCGAGUGCGGCAAGAGCUUCGGCAUGAGCUCCACCUUGGUGCGGCACCAACGCAUCCACACUGGCGAGAAACCUUACGGCUGCGGGGAAUGCGGCCGGGCUUUCGUCCGCAGCGCCCACCUGGAGCAGCACCGGCGGACGCACACCGGGGAGAGGCCCUACGGCUGCAGCCGCUGCGGCCGCCGCUUCAGCCAGAGCUCCAACCUCAUCACCCACGAGAGGGUCCACCUGGAGGAGGCCCAAGGGGCGGCGCUGGCCGGGGAGGGUGCGGGGGCGGUGGUGGGUCCACCGGGUUUGGAGGGUCAGCCAGGCUUGGAGGGUCAACCGGGCUUGAAGGCGUUGGAGGGUCAACCAGGCUUGAAGGCGUUGGAGGGUCAACCAGGCUUGAAGGCGUUGGAGGGUCAACCAGGCUUGGAGGGUCAACUGGGCCUGGUGAUGUUGGAGGCUCAACCAGGCUUGAAGAUGUCAGAGGCUCAACCAGGCUUGAAGACGUCAGAGGCUCAACCAGGCUUGGAGGGUCAACAGGGCUUGAAGGCGUUGGAGGGUCAACCAGGCUUGAAGGUGUUGGAGGGUCAACCAGGCUUGGAGGGUCAACUGGGCCUGGAGAUGUUGGAGGGUCAACCAGGCUUGAAGGGUCAACCAGGCUUGAAGGCACUGGAGGGUCAACAGGGCUUAGAAGGUCAACCAGGCUUGAAGGCGUUGGAGGGUCAACCAGGCUUGGAGGGUCAACUGGACUUGGAGAUGUCGGAGGGUCAACCGGGCUUGAAGGGUCAACCAAGGUUGAAGAUGUUGGAGGCUCAACCAGGCUUGAAGGUGAUGGGGGGUCAGCCAGGCUUUGAGGUUCAACAGGGCUUGGAGACGUCGGAGGGUCAACCAAGCUUGAAGGCAUCGGAGGGGCACCCAAAGCCCAAGAGACUUGGGGGGCACCAAGGGUUGGAGAACGUGGAGGAGAACCCCAAGACCAGCAGCUCCAAGGGGCACCCACGUCUGCUGGGGCACCCCAAGGUGGAGAACCCCAUGGAGAAGAACCCCAAGGUGGACAACCCCGUGGCGGACCUCCCCAUGGUGGGGCACCUCAAGGUGGAGCACCCCAUGGAGAGGAACCCCAAGGUGGAGCACCCCACGGAGGACCUCCCCAUGGUGGGGCACCUCAAGGUGGAGCACCCCACGGAGGACCUCCCCAUGGUGGGGCACCCCCGAGGGGCGGAGCCUCUCCCCGGGACCCAGGCGCCCUGA